AGAAGACCCGGCGGCUGCUCUUCAGGGGCGCCCAGGCGUACAUGGAGGGCGCCUGGCCCGCCAGCCCCGCCGCCACCUGCGCCGUCAACCGCUCGCCGGAGCCGGGAGGGGAGGCCCGGGACGGCAACGCGGAGCGCCGCUGGAGCGGGCAGUUGCUCAUCGGCCACGACGGGAAACUGCUGAGGCGGAAAAAAAAGGUGGGCGCCCCCCGCCCUCCACCUGUGGGAGUUUCCAAAGCCUGCUCAUCAUGUGUAAGAACCGCUGGUGUCAAGGAAGCGUGCACGCAGUGUGACCAGUUUGUCUGCCAGAACUGCAGCAGGUUCUGCAGCAGCUGUAAUGCAGUCACCUGUUCUUUGUGCUCCACUAUCGAUUAUGGUGAUGUGGGAGAGCAAGUUCUCUGCAAUGAUUGCUCAAUAUUUCAAGUCUGAAUCUUGAUGAAAUGGUUAAGAUGUCCAUAAAUUUCAUGAAGUCUCCUCCUCACGGCUGGUCAAUUAAUCCUUUUAGCAUGGCAAUUAAUUAUGGAAUCUCUAUGUUUUAUAUCUUUAUAUUGUACUUUUUAAUAUUGUAGCUAAAUAAACUUUUAUAUUUUGAG